CCCACGACCUAGGCCAACCUGGACUCCUUCAUCCCCAAUGAGGUGGCCUCUCCAUUUUGCAUGAAGGCUCUGAUUUUUCAUUCCGCCGUGAUCCAUCUUACAACAUGGCAAUCCGGUACAGACAGGAAGAUGAAACUGAACAACACUAAAAUAAAGUGCAUCCCCAGAACACACGUGGAAACAGGAUGAAGCUGACCAGCGCAGAGCUGCCCAAGGACCCCCUUUACACCUCUCUGUCCCAGUACGCCGCCAAGAGCCAGUCGUUCUCCCGGUGGAGGAAGGACAAGUCUGGUACAGACCAGUACAGCCGUGCUAAUGUUGUGGAUAAAGCAUUGCAGCUCCUGAAGGAAAGAAUAAGAAGAGGCGAUGCUAUGGCCUAUUUCCUACGGGGCCAACUCUAUUUUGAAGAGGGAUGGUAUGAAGAUGCAUUGGAGCAGUUUGAAGAAAUCAAGGAGAAUGACCAUCAAGCAAUGUACCAACUAGGAGUGAUGUACUAUGACGGGCUGGGCACGGCUGUAGACGCUGAGAAAGGACUGGAAUAUAUGAAGAAAAUAGUCGAUUCUCCAUGUCCCAAAGCAAGACACUUACAGUUUGCAGCUGCUUACAACCUCGGAAGGGCUUACUACGAAGGCAAAGGUGUUACACGGUCCAACGAGGAAGCCGAAAGGCUGUGGCUCUUUGCUGCGGACAAUGGGAAUCCAAAAGCUAGUGUGAAGGCUCAAAGUAUCCUAGGAUUGUACUACUCAACGAAAGAGCCCAAAGAGUUAGAAAAGGCGUUUUAUUGGCAUUCGGAAGCCUGCGGCAAUGGGAAUCUGGAGUCCCAGGGUGCACUGGGGCUCAUGUACUUGUACGGACAGGGCAUCCGCCAGGACACCGAAGCUGCCCUGCAUUGCUUACGGGAAGCGGCCAAGCGUGGGAACGUCUGUGCGCAGGGGCACCUGGUGGAGUAUUACUAUAACAUGAAGUUCUUCACCAAGUGUGUGGCGUUUUCCAAACGGAUCGCCGACUACGAUGAGGCUCACGACAUCCCCAUGAUAGCCAAGGUCACGGACUGUCUCCCGGAGUUCAUCUGCAGGGGCAUGGCCAUGGCGUCCUUCUACCACGCACGCUGCCUCCAGCUGGGCUUGGGGAUCACGAAGGAUGAAGCGGCUGCUAAGCACUAUUAUUCUAAAGCUUGUCGUCUGAAUCCUACCCUGGCGGAUGAGCUUCACUCUUUAGUUAUUCGUCAAAGAAUUUAGACCAUUGUGCCUUUCAACAAAGAUCGUCCACCCGAACACCUUUAAAAUGUGUGUAUUUUUACAAUAGCUAUGUUCGCUUGUUUUCUACAUCUCAAGUUACAUUGUUUGGGUUUUUUCCCCGAUGACACAUUGCCUAUCGUUCUUGGAUCUGUAGUCUAUAAUUUCACAACUUGAAACACAGCUACAGGAUCAAACUGUUGGACAAUCGCUCAGAAACCCUGCCCUUCGCCUGCAGACCGGCCCAGACCGCAUCAAACCCUGCAGACCAUGCCGUGAAGCAAACCUCGGCUCCCCUUCCUUAAAUACAGUGUCCCCAAAAGACCUAGUGUGGCCUUCGGUGUAAGGACUUCAGGAGCAUAAACGCUACCACGUGUAAAAUAUUCUACCGAUGAAAUAAAUUGUUUCAUUUUAAACCAUUAUUUCAAUUUUUAAAUUUAAAAAUCACAAAAAUAAGAAAAAAUUUCUGAAGAAAUUUACAAAUAAUUUUUAAAAUAAAUUUGUGUAGCAUUUAUGCUUCUGAAGUUGUUAAAGCUAAGACGGCACUGGACCUUCUGGGACAUCUUCUAUUUGCAAAAGGGACGGUUAUAAAUAACUAAACCGGCUGAUUUACGAUCAACUUGGAAAACAGUGGGUUUAAGAAAUUGCUUACAACGGUGUCCCUCCACAUCUUCCCUUAAAUAACUUAAUUUCAGGGAACAACUGCUCUGUUCCUGA